GCGGCGGCUGAUUGGCAGUAUCAACGCCGCAGCGUCAGGGGCGGACGGACAAGAUGCAGACCAUAAAGUGCGUGGUGGUGGGUGAUGGAGCGGUGGGGAAGACCUGCCUCCUUAUCUCCUACACCACCAACAAGUUCCCCUCCGAGUACGUCCCCACGGUGUUUGAUAACUAUGCGGUGACAGUGAUGAUAGGUGGUGAGCCUUACACUCUGGGACUGUUUGACACAGCAGGCCAGGAGGACUACGACAGGCUGCGGCCGCUCAGCUAUCCCCAGACCGAUGUCUUCCUCGUCUGCUUCUCCGUCGUGUCGCCCUCCUCUUUUGAGAAUGUCAAGGAAAAGUGGGUGCCAGAGAUCUCGCACCACUGUCCUCGGACCCCCUUCCUGCUGGUGGGGACCCAGGUGGACCUGAGAGAUGACGGCACCACGGUGGAGAAGCUAACCAAGAACAAACAGAGGCCCAUCAGCCCGGAGAGCGGGGACAAGCUGGCGCGGGACCUCAGGGCCGUCAAAUACGUGGAGUGCUCCGCUCUCACACAGCGGGGGCUGAAAAACGUGUUCGACGAGGCCAUCCUGGCGGCUCUGGAGACGCCCGAGAGCAAACCCAAGAAGCAUUGCCUCCUGCUAUAG